CCUGUCAUCCCAAACAGUUGAUUCCAACAUGGCGGCGGCCGCUUCUGUUUUCCACAGAGUGAGAACUGGGUCGAAAAUAGGAGCCCAGUACGACCAGGAUGGUAACAUCAUCCAGGUGGAGACUCGGGAGGAUGAGGAGCAGAGUGUGAAGCUGGCAGAGAUCCUGGAGCUGCUGUUGGCCGCUGGAUACUUCAGAGCAAGAAUUAAGGGACUGUCCCCCUUUGAUAAGGUGGUCGGUGGGAUGACCUGGUGUAUCACCACAUGUAACUUUGACAUUGACGUGGAUCUCCUUUUCCAAGAAAACUCAACCAUUGGACAAAAAAUAGCUCUGACAGAGAAAAUAGUGUCUGUUUUACCCAAGAUGAAGUGUCCUCAUCGUCUGGAGCCUCAUCAGAUCCAGGGGUUGGAUUUUAUCCACAUUUAUCCUGUGAUUCAGUGGUUGGUAAAACGAGCCAUCGAGACCAGGGAGGAGAUGGGAGAUUAUGUCAGAGCCUACUCCAUAUCUCAGUUCCAGAAGACCCACAUUCUGCCAGAGGAUGAAGAGUUCCUCCAGAGGAAGGACAAGGCGGUGAAGGCAGUUUUGGACGUACUGGAAGUGUACAAACCCCAGAGGAGGUACAGGAGGCAGAAGGAGGCAGGAGAACUGAUGGAUGAGGAGUCCAGGGUUCACUCCACCCUGUUGGAAUACGGCAGAAUGUCAGAUUUCCUCCUGAGAUAUGGAUUUAGCAAACAACCCAAACAAGACAAAGUGGACGGACAGAAGGCGUCUCUGUCCUCUGGAUGUCCUGCUGCUCCUCCUGGGAUGUCGGAGGUGUCGGAGGAGGACGACUUGCAGGCGGCGGAGGAGAUGAGGAUUAAAACCCUGAUGACCAACAUGGCAGCCAUGGCAUCUGAGGAGGGGAAACUGACUGCGAGCGCCGUGGGUCAGAUCGUUGGACUUCAGUCUGAGGAAAUCAAACAGAUCGCCUCCGAGUACGCUGGGAAGCAGUCAGAGUUGUCAUCGGAGGAGCGAUCGGAGCGUUUUGGUCCUCUUCAGCAGCAUCGCCGGGCGGUGGCGUCGAUCAACAAACAGAUUCAGGACAAAACCAAACAGCUGGAGGAGCUUCGGGCCAAACAUGCAGAAGUCCAGAGUAGCUGUGAGGAGGCCAAGACCAUCCUGAUGGAGGCGACGGAGCAGUCAGAGAGACUGGAGAAGGAGCUGAAGUCUGUGGAGGAGAUCGAAGAGAACGCCGAUUCUGGCGUCCUGGAGAAGCUCCGGUCUCUGGUGACCAUGAAUGAAAACCUGAAGCAGCAGGAGCAGGAGUUCAGAACCCACUGCAGGGAGGAAAUGACUCGUCUGCAGCAGAACAUCGAGGAGCUGAAGACGGCGUCGGGUCAAGAUACAGACGAGGACAAGGAGAGGAACGAGCUGAUCGACAAACAAUACAACACAGACCGAGACAAACUGCACAAGAUCCGUCUGCUCAUGGCUCGGAGGAACCGGGAGAUCGCCAUCCUCCAGAGGAAGAUCGACGAGGUUCCGAGUCGGGCCGAGCUGACCCAGUACCAGAAGAGGUUCAUUGAACUCUACAGCCAAGUUUCUGCAACGCAUAAAGAAACGAAGCAGUUCUUCACUCUUUACAACACGUUGGACGACAAGAAGGUUUAUCUGGAGAAGGAGGCGAAUCUGCUGAACUCCAUCCACGACAACUUCCAACAGGCGAUGGCAUCUUCAGCAGCUAAAGAACAGUUUCUCCGACAGAUGGAACAAAUCGUAGAAGGAAUCAAACAGAAUCGCAUCAAGAUGGAGAAGAAGAAACAGGAGAAUAAAAUGAGGCGAGAUCAGCUGAAUGAUGAGUAUCUGGAGCUGUUGGACAAACAGAGGCUCUACUUUAAAACUGUCAAAGACUUUAAGGAGGAGUGUCGGAAGAACGAGAUGCUGCUGUCAAAGCUGCGAGCGAAGGGUGCCUCAUAAUCGCGUAAAGUACACGCCUGGUUCUGAGCGUACGUCAUUACACGGAUCAAACACGUACAAACAUUCCACUAACACCCUGGAUUUGUGCCAAAUCUAACUAAAAACAGCCUCUGAUAAGAAGAAAGUGUCCAUCGAAGCCUCUGUAUUGAACACAUUAAUCAUUAAUUAACAAUUUAUUGAUCAGUUAUUUGGUCUUUUGCACUUUAAUAAAGUUUCAUGUAAAGAAGAACGUGA